CAAUUUUCUAUUCGUCGAUCAUUUUAAAAGACAAGUCUGUUUGAAUGCCGAUGAGGUUACAUAUUCUUCAUUAAAAAAAAAAAGGCAAUUUCUGUAUCAGAAUGGCAUCCCAAAAUCAGAAUCCCACAGUGGAAACGCAUUCACAGAAAGAAAUGACAGAUACACCUCCAGUACAACAAGACAGUCAUUCAGUGAGUAAACGGUUACAGCAAGAAUUAAUGAAAUUAAUGACAUCUGGUGAUCCAGGUAUCUCAGCAUUUCCUGAUGGUGAUAAUUUAUUUAAUUGGAUCGCAACAAUAGAAGGUGGUGCAGGAACUGUCUACGAAGGUUUGAAAUAUAAAUUGACAUUUGAAUUUCCCAGUGGUUAUCCAUAUCAAGCCCCAACUGUCAAGUUUGAUUCACCAUGCUAUCACCCUAAUGUUGACGGCAGUGGUAACAUCUGUUUGGACAUAUUGAAGGAUAAAUGGUCUGCGUUAUAUGACAUUCGGACCGUUCUUUUAUCCAUUCAGAGCUUACUGGCAGAACCUAACAUCGACAGUCCACUUAAUGUUCACGCUGCUCAAUUGUGGGAAAAUCCAGCUGCAUACAAAAUAUAUUUACUUGAAAAAUAUGACAAAGAAGUUAAAUCAAAACAAUCAUGAUGUUAUUUUCUAAUUUUUGUCUUGUAUAUUCAUUCCAUAGCUCUCAGCCUGUCCAACCUUUGUGGGGUUUAUCUGGGUCCUCCGGUUUCCUCCCACUUCUUAAGACCCCUAUGCGCAUGUGAAUUAUUGAAAUAAAAUUGUACAUAUGUUAAUCUCGAAAUGACCUAGUUUUUGUCGAGUGGAUGUUAACCCCCCACUUCUCUAUCUCCCAUGACUCUCACUUAGCAGCCAUAUUUGCCUUUCUUGACCAGCUAACCUGGUCAGUCAAUUCACAUGAUAUAAAAUGAGAAUUAUAAAGAAUUUGUCCUAAACAAACAAUAGAUAGAACUCAAUGACCAUUGAAUACCGCUCGGGUUAUUCAAUGGUUUUACUCAAGUGUAUCCCUGCAGAAGGAUUCCACGAGAGAAAGUGAGUGGAAUGUGGCAUGGAUAAACUCGAGUGAACCAUUGAAUAACCCGAGCUGUAUUCAAUGGUUAUUGAAUUCUGUUUUUGUUCUAUAACUACAUGUAAAUCUCAAAAUACACUGUACUAUCCAGAUUAUCAAAAACAAAAUCACCAAUGACGUUAAAAUUCAUCAUAGGUUCAGACCUUUUUUGUUUCUUUUUUACAAAAAUUGUGGGUGCUAGUGGUGACGUCAUUACAAUUUGAUGUAAUUCUGAAAGUGACGCCAUUCUGGCCAAAACUAGUACGUGUCCAAGCCAUUGAAUACAACCAUAGGUUAUUCAAUGGCAGUAUUCAAUGUUAUUUGCAUGUAAUUAUAGAAUAAAUACAGUUAAAUUCAUAGAUAAUGCUAAAAGAGGUCAUAUUCUUUGUAAAAAAAACAUCUUACUAAUAUGAGGUAUACAAAAUAGGUUAAUUUUGACCAGUAAAAUCCUUCUUCAUUUAUUUCUUGUAACAUAAGCUGAUUCAUUGUAUAUUUGUCCGAAAUAAGAACAGCCUACAUUUUCAACGUUCAUAUUUCAUUUCUUCCCUAUUUUCUAUCUGCAAGAAUCAUGACCAUUCUUUGCCGAAUACAGACUGUGUGAAUGUUUCUAUUGUUAGGAUGCACAUUCUUAUUAAAACACAGAUCCUAUUUCGUUUUGUUCUUUAUAGUUCAAAAUUUCGUUUAAUUUGUCUUUACUACACUAGGAUCUGGAAGAGUUGUUAUAUAACCCGCGUUCUAGAUGAUAUGUGAGGGAUUAACCAAUGAAACAGUCUGUUGCAGCAUUGUUCUUGGCGUGCUGUGCACAGAACUGUGGGUAUCCUACUAGAAACAUCAAUGCUGAUUGGUUAAUCAAAUUUCUGAUGUCAUAGGGUCAAAAGCUGCUUGUAUGACCCCUGACGCAACCUCCCACUACAACUAGUCAGCUCUUCAUGUAGUAGAUAAUAGGCUGGAUUGAUUAGAUAAUUAAGUGAUCAACGUAUUUAUCGUUUUAUACGGUCUAUACACAUACCUUGAUUAACUACUUAAUCUGCCUUGAUUGACUGACUUAAUUCUUUGUCGGACAAUUCAUCAAUUCAAUCCUGAACAGAAGUCAUUGCUCCUCCUUUGUCAGACUAUAUAUCAAUCCAAUAAACUUUAUCUAUGUGAUUAGAUAUGUGAUGUAUGAAUUUGAAUAUUUUGUUGACACGUGAUUCUUAAUUGUGGUUUGAAAACACCUGCUUAAAUAACGAUAAGAGUUAUGUCCCUUUAUUUUCGGGAGGAUAAUGUCCGACAACUAAAAUUUUGAAAUCCCAUCACUGGUAGAGGCCAUCGAAAGUAUAAAAAAUGAAACAAAAUAUAGAUUUGUAUUUUAAUCAGAUUGUAGUAAGUAAGGCCAGGAGCCUUAUUCAUGAAAUCAUAAGCUAAAAUAUUUUAACAAUUCAGCAUUUUCAUUGGCUAAGAAUUAAAUACCUAGUGAAAAUUUUAGCUUUUAACCAAUGAAAAGGCAUUAUUCAUAAAAUAUUUUAGGUUAAAAUUUGGUAAAUAAGACCCCAGUACAAGUCUAGAAUGUACAAACUAUGAUAAUGAUAUGUUUCUUUAAUUUCUUUAAUUUAAAUCAUAAUGUCUUCUUACUUCUUCUUGUAUUUAUAUAUAUUUUGCUAUUUAAUUGUAAUCAGGAAUAAACAAUCUACACAACA